GGCUGAGACAAUCAAGUGGUUCUCUUGUAAGUUUGCAGGAAGGCGGAAUUUAGUGCUGCGCGCCGGGAAUCAGGAUUUGGGCAGUGAGGAACUGGUGGUGGAGAGGCUAAUGGAGUUGAAGAAAGAAGGUGCCGAAUUAAUUAGGAAUCUUUACCCUCCCAUAGAGCCCUACAGCUCGGGUUUCUUGAAAGUUUCUGAUCCUCACACCAUUUAUUGGGAGCAGUCCGGGAAUCCCAGCGGCCAUCCCGUGGUUUUUCUUCAUGGGGGUCCAGGUGGUGGAACUUCACCAAGUAACCGUCAAUUCUUUGAUCCCGACUUUUACCGGAUCAUUCUAUUUGAUCAGGUGAGCAACAUGAAUGUGAUAUCUUUUUCUUUUCUAUCUCUCUUUAAGUAUCAUGAAUGGAUAUAACCGUCUUCUUCCAGAGAGGUGCAGGUAAAAGUACACCCCAUGCUUGCUUGGUGGAUAAUACCACAUGGGACCUAAUUGAGGAUAUUGAAAAAUUAAGAGAACACUUGGAAAUUGCAGAAUGGCAGGUGUUUGGUGGAUCAUGGGGGAGCACACUUGCUCUUGCAUAUAGCCAAUCCCAUCCUGACAAGGUUACUGGCUUGGUCCUCAGAGGGAUAUUUUUACUGAGGAAGAAAGAAAUCGAUUGGUUUUAUGAGGGUGGUGCUGCUGCAAUAUUCCCUGAUGCAUGGGAACCGUUCAGAGAUUUGAUUCCAGAAAAUGAGAGGGGUUGCUUUGUUGAAGCAUAUCACAAGAGGUUGAAUUCAGAUGAUCUUGAAACACAAUAUGCAGCAGCUAGGGCAUGGACCAAAUGGGAAACGAUGACUGUUCAUCUUCUCCCCAAUGAAGAAAGCAUAAAGAGAGGAGAUGACGACAAGUUUUCAUUGGCAUUUGCAAGGAUUGAGAACCACUAUUUCAUCAAUAAGGGAUUCUUCCCUUCAGAUUCUUUCCUGCUUGACAAUCUUGAAAAGAUAGAGCACAUCAAAGCUAUAAUUGUUCAGGGUAGAUAUGAUAUUUGCUGUCCCAUGAUGUCGGCUUGGGAUCUUCAUAAAGCUUGGCCCGAGGCAGAACUCAAGGUUGUUGGAGAUGCAGGACAUUCUGCAAAUGAACCAGGAAUAGCUGCAGAGCUAGUGGCUGCAAAUGAAAAGAUGAAAAACAUUCUUAAAGGUAUUUUAUAGCCCAUGAUAUACCUACCUUUCAGAAAUGAAUAAUGCACCUUGAAGUUCAUUUCUCGCGCGGUCGUGUUUUAUUUCUUCCUUAGUACUUCACUUAUAAGUGAUGCCAAUAAUCUUGAUAUUACAUUACAAGUAUUGUCAUUAUUAAACCGUACAUUCUCACGCGGUGAUGGAUUUUUAUGUUUUAGGAGGGCGCUACACUAUUGUUGUAUUCUAUCCGCGCUUAAUCACAUACAUUUAGACUAAUAACAAUUAGGGCAUGUU